AUAUAGAAUUUUUCCACCCGACAACCUGCUGUACGAUACGGUCCUUCGACGGAGCCGCAUCUACACCGCCCGCCUAGUUCCUGGAUCAGCCAGCAUCCCGCGGGCCAUCAUUCGCGCGCUUAUUCGUGGCGGAUGUGCAACGACGGUGGUGCAGUCAAGAUGGCGUUCGCCGAGCGGAGUACGCUGUCGGGCAGGAACGCGUGAGGGUAAGAGAGAAAAAAAAAUGCCACGGGGCGCCGUCGACGCUUCGCGCGGGGUGCUCGCGUGAGGAUCGGGCCCCUCGGGAGUUCGGGAGCAGCGCGCGGUAAUCGCAGUGGUACUCGGCAUUAACCUAAGCGUGGUUGUGCGCGGGGAACGACGGCGAACACGGCGUGGUGAGGUGAGGUGCGAGACGGCGCGACGCGGACGGGCUCCUCGCCUCCUCCUCCCUCUCCUGCCUGGGGAACUGGCAUGGAAGCGCGACCCGGUGCUGCGACCGAGCUCGUUGCACGCGGGGGAACGACGGCGCCGUGACGUCGCUCUACGUCGGCUACGAGAGCGCUCGACGAGCGAGGAUCGGACGCGCGAGCCAGAGCCGGCCAUGGCGUCUGUCGCGCGCGCGUGAUCGCCGAUCAAGCGGUGGAUCGACAAGGAAGGUGAAGCAAGAGAGAGAGUGAGCGGAAACGCCGGGACGCGUCUACGACGAGGCGGUGAUAGACGGAAGGACGGUCGAGUGGGGACUCAUCGUGUAAACACGUAAACAAACAUUCUGGCCUAUUCCCUUAUCUUCUGUUUUUCCCCUCGCGAUUACAUUUGACAGCUACUCACCGUCAUCGUCACCGUGGCCGUUAUCCUGGACCUGUGGAUUAUGCGUGCCCUAUACGCGAACGGGAUGUUUAGAUUAUAUGAUUCACGUGUGCGAUAUCGUUCCUAGACUGAGUCUUUUGUUUGAGGAACAGUGCGGUCAGUCAGUUUCUAAGGAAGCUGUGAGAGGAUACUCUGUCGAGUAAAAAAUUGUGUGUAUGUCUUUGCAUACUAUGUGAUUCUUGAAACAUUGAUUCUGAAACAAAGAUUCUGUGAGAUUUACGCUUGGCAAAUCUCUCAAUGUUCUCUCUUGGUGUUCCAUAGAUUUAUCGGAUGCUAUUGGCAUGUAGAAUUUUUUCUCAUAUGUGAGUGAAUGUUACGAGUUAGCUAAAUACUUUGAGAGAUUGAAAUAUUCUGAGAGAUUACAAAGUUUUUUUCUGUGAGAUAAAUUUAAUAUCUAAUGCUGACCAGCAUUUUCCAAAAGAUCCUAAAAAGUCACAUUUAUGAAAGAAGAAAUGUGUUAAAUGACAUGUAAAGAGAGUGUUAAACUCAAUAGAUAUUAGUAUCAUGUUUAAAUGUGUGUGAGAUAUUCCAUGAUAUGAUAUGUAUCAAUAAGAUAUACAUUGUGACUUAAUGGACAGUGCACACCAUGUCUAAUAGUCUGGACAGUUUUUUGACACGCAUCGGGGACGUCACAAUCGAACGUGUGACUCCUCGCGGAGGCUCUAAGCCCAUUGAAACGAAUAUGAUGACGAAUGAGACUACAACUGGUGCAAACAUGAAUGCGGAACCGCAGACGGCGAAUGAUGAAAGUUCGGAUGAGUCGAGUGGUGAAACAACAGACGGAGAGCAGGAAAAGAAACUCGACGCUUUACAAUCCGAGGAAAUAGAAGAGAUACGCUCCGAAGGUUCGGGGGAUGAUAUGGAUCUGGACGAAACGAUUGACUCGCAGAUCGGUGUUAGAAUAGAUUCAGACAGGCAGCAACAUCAUCCAUCUCAAGAAGAGGAUGAUGAAGAACAAGUUAAUAUCUUGGAUACUUUGCCAUUGGAAGGAGCGCCCAUAGAAGGCCAGGAAGUAUCCGAGGCUGAUUUACUAGGAAAACCGAUAUCGAAAGAUUCGGAGGAUGAGGAGAGCAUGGAUAAUGAAAAAGCGGAUGGACAGUCCGCGGGGGAGGAAGGCGCUGAUAGUAACAAGAGACAUGCCGAUUCCGAUCAUUCCGACAGCGCGAAGAAAAAAGCGAAAAAGGAGGAUAGUACAGAGGGCAACUCAUCAGAAUGCGAGUUAAAGUCGGAAAAGAAAUUAGCCAACAUGCGAAGAAACAUCCGGGAAGUGAUGGACGAGGCGCAACUUGACGAGGCUACGCUUUCCGCUCAAAGACAGGAAAUGGAACGUCUCAGGCGAGUGCAGGAACAACAGAGAAUCAUCCGCGAGGUGCAGCGUCAAAUAGCGAUCAACCGGGCGCAAAGCAAUAAAACGCAGACACGCGUUAUCAGCCUUUUACAAGCAAAGCAAAAUCAGGCUGGCACCACUAUGAUCUCGCAAUCGUCUUCUCCGUCGUCGUCAUCGUCAACUACGUCGUCCACCCAGGUUCGUUUGCCGAACACCGUGCUUUUGAAAGUGAAUUCUGGCUCUGGUACCGGUGUUCAAACCACUCAGGCAGCCGGGAUGCAAGCGGGACAGAUUCAAAGGAGAUCGGUGGACAGUGGGAUGCGUUGGCAGAAAGGCAGAGGCGGCUACCAAGGAGCACAAACAUCCAUCUCGCGGGUUCCAAAUCGCUCAGGUGCGCCCAAUAUGCUGCAUCAAAGAAUUCGUAUGAUGACACCAUCUGUGAGUAUAUCGCCAGUGGUGCCUAAGAAAGAACCGAUGGACCGUGUGGAGUAUUAUUCCGACUCCGAGAUGUCUGAUGUAGAAGCUGAGGAGAUGAUACGCGAAAAGCAAAUACAUGCGAUGCGAAAAACGCCUGGCGUACCCAAGUAUCAAAGGCCGCCCAAAGGUAAAGAUGUAGUAACGAUAUCCAGUUCGAGUGAGAGUUCGGACGAUGAUUGUAUAGUCCUGAGUGAUCCCAGCGGUGAAGAGGAAACUGACAACGAGGACGAUCCAUCUAAUUCCGGCAUGCACACCAAUGAUCGGUACAAUGUUCCGGAUGAGCAUGGACGGGUAUUAAUAAAUGUUGGCCAUCCUGAGACCGAACCGGACGUAUUCUUGGCACCACAAGUGGCCCGCAUCAUCAAGCCGCAUCAGAUCGGCGGUAUACGCUUUCUUUUUGACAACAUUAUCGAGACUAUUGAGAGGUACAAAACUAGUAGCGGUUUUGGCUGUAUCCUCGCCCAUAGUAUGGGUUUGGGCAAAACCCUCCAGAUCGCUAGUUUUUGUGACAUUUUUUUUCGAUGCACCACUGCCAAGACUGUUCUCUGCAUCAUGCCUAUAAAUACGCUCCAGAAUUGGCUGGCGGAAUUUAACAUGUGGUUGCCGUAUGAAGAUCCUGCCAUUACUGCCGAGAAAGAAUCUAAGGCUACAAAUGUCAAGAUGGAACCCGGAAUGGAUAUGAAGCACGAGAUGAAAGAAGAAAGUUGCGGUAAUCAAAGCGAUAUGUCGAAUAUGUCUCGGCCUAUCAGCACAGAAUCUGCGCAUCGUUUCGGUCAAGACACCGUUGCUGCAUCACAACAACCGAUGAAUAUUAUGCCGGAGAAUCCUUAUGUGAAUCCUCAUCAUGGUUAUGAACCGCGUAACAUAAUGUCAGGAGGUUAUAUGCAGGAUCCUAUGAUGAAUAAGAAUAUGAGUGAGCCGCGUGCGCCGCAUAUGCCACCGAAUUAUCAUCAGGGCGAGGUACCGCAGAAUCCGUUGUACAACGCGAAUCCGAAUCCGCUUCCUAAUUUCUCUGAUCCAAUGAAGUCUGAUCCAGGAAUGAAUUGCCAUAGCAUGCCGCCCGGACAGAAUAUAACGGGACCAAAAUUCGGCAUGGAGCAUCAAGCUAUUGGUGUUAUGUAUCCUGGUAUGGAGAAUCGAUCGCAGGGUAAUUCUAUGUAUCCUGAUAUGGAGAAUCGAAAUGUGGCGGCGAUGUAUCCGGGCAUGGGUGAUCAUCAUUCUACCUCGAUGUAUCCAAACUACAACGCUUCUAGCACUUUUGCGAGUUACGGCAGUCAGACUAAUCAACAUGAAUUGGAACAAGAAUCGAAGAGAGAAAACAUGCUGUCAGGAGGAAUGCAGCCGUCUCAGAAUGCGGAGGUGAAUGUGAAGAAGGAACCAGAAGAAACGAUUAAGAAAGAAGAGAGUACAUCGACAACGAAGGAAGAGUUGACGGAGGAAAAGAAGGAAACAAUUGAGAAAGUAAAGACGCCAUACAGUGUAAACACGCCCAUUGGCAUGGAAGUACGUCCUAGACACUUUGGCUUGCAUAUUCUAAAUGAUUCGCAUAAAACCAUGACAGCGAGAGCGAAGGUGAUCCAAGAAUGGCAGUCGACUGGUGGCGUUCUGCUGAUAGGCUACGAAUUGUACAGACAAUUAUCUUUGAAGAAGCCCAAUAAGGCGAAACGAAAACGCGGUCAACCUUUCAAGGAUACCGUAGACGUAGAAGAAGAAGAUAAGAACAAAGGCCUGUUGGACGAAAUGCACACAGCUCUUGUGAAUCCUGGACCGGAUUUAGUAAUCUGCGAUGAAGGUCAUCGCAUUAAGAACUCACACGCUAGCAUCAGUAUGGCAUUGAAGCAGAUGCGCACGAAACGUAGGAUUGUCCUGACCGGUUAUCCGUUGCAGAAUAAUCUUUUAGAAUAUUGGUGUAUGGUAGAUUUUGUAAGACCAAAUUAUCUGGGCACUAAGAGCGAAUUUUGUAAUAUGUUUGAGAGACCGAUACAGAAUGGCCAAUGUAUCGAUUCCACACCGCAGGAUAUACGCUUGAUGCGAUAUCGCGCGCAUGUUUUGCAUGCUUUAUUGGAAGGUUUUGUACAGAGAAGAUCUCACUCCGUAUUGCAGAUGUCAUUACCGCGCAAGGAAGAAUAUAUCCUGCUUAUUAGAAUGACGCCUCAUCAGCGUAAAUUAUAUGAUACAUUCAUGAAUCAAGUAGUGAAAACGCGCGCGGUGCCGAAUCCAUUAAAAGCUUUUGCCGUGUGUUGCAAGAUCUGGAAUCAUCCAGAUAUUCUAUAUCAUUUUCUUCGCAAACGUCAGGCGAACGAGGAGGAUGAUUUGGAUUUGGAAGAGACGAUUGGAGAGAAAGCUACGGCAGGUGGCAAGAAAUCUAAAGCGCGUCAGUCAAAAGGCGAAUCGAAGAAAUCCAAGAAAGGUACGACGAUAAAGAACAAACCCGCGGCUAGCGUACAACCGAACGCUUCUUCAUCAUCCAGCAAUGAUAAUGCAGAAACUGAAGCUGCACAUAGUACACCGAAGCAAAAUAAUUAUACUAAUUAUCCCAUGCCGGUUUCCAAUUCGGGAUACUCCAACUCUAUGCAGCAGGGAUCUUAUCCUCCUCAUAAUUAUCAGAACUACCGUCCGAACGAUCAAAGCACAUACUAUAGGAAUGAUAAUAACAAUCACGGAGAAUAUAAUCAUGGAGAGUUUUAUAAUAAUCAAGGACAACAGAGAUAUGGUAAUCAACCUUUUCAAUCAUAUACUCAAACAUCGGGCUACAAUACAUCACAGGGAUACGCCAAUCAAUCACAAAAUUACAUGCAAUCGAAUGAGCAACCGACGAAUCAGAGGUACGGUGGUACAGCGGCUGGAUCUGACUUCAGAUCGGAUCAAAAUCAAGGAAACAAUUACGAGGCACCGGGAAUGUUUUCACGACAAAGUUAUCCUUAUCAGGAUCAGCAACGUAAUUAUACACCGAAUUUGAAUCAAGGGCCUAACAAUUAUUCCCAAGUCCCCAAUCAGCCAUCUUUUCAGACUCAAAUGCCGAAUCAAUCUACGAAUAUGCCGAUAACAGAUUACUCAUCAUACACCACGAAUCAAAAUCAAAAUUACACGCCGACACCGGCUCAGACGAAUCCGAUAUAUCCACGAAAUGAUGCGCAACCACUACAGAACACAACAAUGGGUUAUUCUGUACCACAAGGUCAACCUCCAACUCAAAAUCAAACUCAGACUGGCUAUCUGCUGCCGUCGCAGCAAGGUCAAAAUACUCCACCCGGUCAAAAUCGAGGCUUCUCGCCGAACCAACAGAAUCAACAGAAUCUAAGCUUGCAGACUCAAUCUCAUUCAUACACCGGCCAGCAGCCUCAAGGUAUGCCCCUUCAAGGUCAAUCACAUGCCUAUCCUACGCAGGUAAAUCCAACUCCGCCACAAACUCCGCAGCAUGCGUUCAAUCAGGCAACAACAACUCCGAUGCCACAGGCUUCAUCUCACGGUUAUAUACAGCCGAAUCAACCGAAUCAAGGACCUGUAACGCAGAGUUCAAUGCGUGGCUAUACCCCAGCACCACAGGGUCAAAUAAACGUGCCGCAAAAUCAGUCCAAUUAUCCGGCUAAUCAACCCGCGUCAAAUGUCAACACUCAGAAUCAGACGCAUAGAUAUCCUCCGGAUCAGCAAGGUUCAGCAUCGAAUCCACAGAACGCAGUCCACGCAGGGUACGGACAUCAUAUGGUGUCUCAAGCAGCAGCUUCUAAUCAGACGACGUCAUAUCCUCAGCAGAAUCAGCAGAGUCAGCAGAGUCCAGUGCCACCUAAUCAGACUCACUCUGGGUAUUCGUCAAAUCAUCCUGGUCCGAUAUCGCAGAUUCCUGCUGCUCAUCGAUACGGCACUGCACAGCAGACGCAAAUGGCUCAGAAUCAGACUAUGACCCAAUAUCCACCGAAUCAACAACAACAAUCCAAUCCCUCAAUAGGUCCGAAUGAUCAACUUUACUCCAGAUCGGACGUGACAGCGGUGUCGCAGCAAACGCAAGGUUACGCUCCAACUGCGAAUGAGUUUUCAAAUGAUCGCUCGAGUGCAAGUACUGCUAGCAAUUCCGGCAAUAACUAUACUGCCAAUCAACCGCAGACACAGAACUCCGUUAUGUCAAGUUAUUCAUCGGAUGGCUCAAACUCGGCGACGUCGCUCGGACAGAUAAAGAAUGCGGAUGAUCCCUAUUGGCAACGUAAUUAUCCGCAAACGUUCCGAUCGGAUCAGCAGUGCAACGAUUCGUAUUAUAGAGAUCAGAUGAACCCGGGUGUGAAUCGUUAUCAGAACAAUUACUUUCCACCGCAAAAUUAUCCGAAUCAAUCGUACGAUUACACUAAUCACAAUUCGGACAUGAACUCACGGUCUGAUGAAUCCGCGAAAACUUCUCAGCAGUCCAGUACUCAUCCUCCACCAUGCGAUAAAAACAAUAAAGAUAUGACAUCUAGUAUUGGCGUACAAAGUCAACCGAUGCAUCCGAGUAAUUUUACUGGUACGUUGAAUUAUACCGCAGAAUCGAAUCGUCAGAGUUCGGCAACUCCUGCACCCAGACAAUCAGGACAGGGAAUUAAUUCAACGAACAGUCCUCGAUUGAAUCAAAGCGAAUUAUUAAAGGAGGAAGAGAGAGAAAAAGAAGAUCAAUUGGAAAAGGAUAAAGAAGAUAAAUCUGAUGAUGAGAUUCUCACGAAAGACGAGGAAAAAGAUUGCAAGAGUUCUCCUAUUGGGAAAGAAGAUCCCGGAAUUCCAUAUGACUGGGCGACAGAAUUAAUGAAGAACUAUAUACCCGGGUUGAUAGACGCGUCCGGGAAAAUGGUGAUCUUCCUUUGCAUCCUUGAGGAAGCUAUCAAACUGGGAGAUCGUGUGCUUGCAUUCUCGCAGUCAUUGUUUACGUUGAAUCUCAUAGAAGACUUUUUAGCACGAAAUAGCGUAAAACAUCCAGACGGCCAGACUGACGCUUGGAUUAAGAACGUGAAUUAUUAUAGAUUAGAUGGAAGCACCAGUGCUUUAGAGCGUGAAAAACUCAUCAACGAAUUUAACAAUAAUCCAAAGAUUCAUCUAUUUCUAGUUUCGACACGGGCUGGUUCAUUAGGUAUUAAUCUCGUCGGUGCGAAUCGCGCGAUCGUAUUCGAUGCUUCUUGGAACCCGUGCCACGAUACGCAAGCAGUGUGUAGAGUUUACAGAUACGGUCAGCAAAAGCCGUGUUUCGUUUAUCGAUUAGUUACUGAUAAUUGUUUGGAAAGGAAGAUCUACGAUCGACAGAUUAGCAAGCAAGGAAUGGCGGAUCGGGUAGUCGAUCAGUGCAAUCCUGAUGCGCAUCUCUCGCUAAAAGAGGCGACGACAUUGUCAUGGGAUUGGGAAGAGGAUAGCCAAGUACAAGAUUUCUCGCAAACUAAGGAUAGUUACACGGACGAAGUUAUGCAUUGCGUUCUAGAACGCCAUUCCUCAUUAUUAACCAAGCAACCAUUUCAUCACGAGAGUUUGCUCGUUGAUCGAAAAGAUAAAAAACUUAGCCAGGCUGAGAAGCGAUUGGCUCGUCGCGGCUAUGAGCUUGAGAAGAUGGCAGCUAAUUGUUCGAGACCGAGUUAUAACUAUGUUCCAGGAAAUACAGCCACACGAGCAGGUGGAUUACAAAUCAGAGCGAUUCGCGGCGGUGAUGGAGGAGGCACUACACCGAAACCCGUUGCUUCUGUGAGACCGAUGCAACAGCGAGGCGCUGAAGGAUUAGGUCCACGGAAUGUAACUGGUAGCAGAUGGAUUCCAGCAGAGGUGUGGCAAAGACAAGGAAUGAGCGCGCAAGAGAUGACACUACCUUUGGAUGUAGUUAUUCCGACUAAUUCUCCAGACAAAGGAAGUAUUGUUUUAAAAGCGGGGCAACGAGUAAUGGUGUUGAAGAGUCCGAAAGGCAUUUACAUGCAGCUUGAAUCUGGCAAAAUUAUAGCAAUUCGCACUGCGCUUAAAUUGAAUCAGCAAAAGCGAGAGGAGGAGCCAAAGAAAGGUGUUUCCUCGAUGAUACAGAGAAAUUCUAAACCUGAAGUUGGCUUCCCUUUACGAAAUAACUCUGCCAUUUCUAUAAUACCCAAAUCAUCUUCGAGUAACCAGACUGGUAAUCGACUGCCCAAUAAGCCAUCACCGGCUUCGGGUUAUAAGCCAUUCGGCGAUAAAGAAAUUUCUAAGAGACCGAAACCAGUCGCUACAGCGGCUGCCAAACCUUAUCUGAGUCAAGUAAACUUGACUAACCAGGUUUCUCUGUCGAGGUUACCGAAAGUAAAACAAGAACCGGUGGAUCAUUCUACGCUCGGAGACAAUUCUAAUUCAUCCGAUGGUCAACUAAGAACUGAGCAACGAGUUGAGGAAGUUAGAUUGGAAGAUGUAGUGGCUGAAGUGAGCUCGAACACCGAAUACAGUCCAUCUAAUCAUACUCGUACCACCAAUUCGGAUACAGACACGUCUUUGCCAAAAUCUUCCGAAGAAGGCACUCAAGUUUAUACACCCGAUACUGUUUCCUUAGUGCAAAGCGUGCAAACACAACACGACCAACCUGAAUCGGAACUGCCGUCGACUGUCGACAAGCAAUGUUCACCACCAGAGAAGGAGCCUCCCAAGCCAGACACAUUAACGAAUUAUGGUCGGUCUUUUCACAGCCAGACAGAAAAGCGAGACACUUCCAAUGACGAUAUUAUCAUCGAGGAAUCGCCGCAGGUGACGCCACAGGUCGCGACACAAACGCACGUGGGCACUCCUGGAUCGAUUCCAUCAUCUCUGUUAAUACCGUCACCAGUGCCGUCAGCCGGGCCGGUACCAUCAACUAUGUCGGUGUUGCCGAAUAUUCCAGUAACAUCAAGCAUGUCAAUACCGUCAAGUAUGCCUUCAAGUGUACCGUCAAGUAUGUCAUCGAACGUGCCAUCGAGCAUAUCAUCGAGCAUGUCGUCAACUAUGCCAUCAAGCAUGUCAAUAGCAUCGAGCAUGUCGAUGUCGUCGGUACCAUCGAUGCCGCCGGUGCCGGCGAUACCGUCGGUGCCAUCGAUGCCGUCAGUGUCAUCAAUGCCAUCGAUGUCGUCGAUGCCGCCUGUACUAUCUGUACCUGUAAGAGCUCCGGAAACACAUAAAAACAAUGUUGAAUCACCCGUCGUCGCAUCAUCGACUGUCUCAGUAUGCACCAACACUAAUAUUACUUCUCCGAAGAGCGCCGAGACGAUUCCGAAUAUGCGAGAUAAUAUGAUUCAGGGAGACCCAACAACGCCGAUACCCCAAGGAUAUCCUUACGCCCAAUAUCCGAGAUACUACGAUUACAGUGAUCCACGAUCUCGGUCGCUAUCUAAUCCUUACGGGACUUACUUUCCCAGCGUUCCACCACAUACGGCGAAUCCCAGCAGCAGACUGCCAAUAGACACGACGAAGCCUCAGCCGGAUCUAGGAAAGCCUACGGACGAGAGGAACGUAAUGAACGUGCCUACCGCUUAUUCUUCGCAAGUAUCAAGCAUUACUGCCAAACCGCUAACGAGUAACUCCGCAACGGAGUCUAAGGGUACGGAUACCGCAAUAGCCGUGACCACCACGGUGGCCUCCUUGAGUAGAGAUGAGACUGCGCAUAUACCUACCGCGUUUAGUCAUCCAACUAGCACGCGAUAUCCGGGUCCGUAUCCACCGGGUCCGUACGAUCCAUACUCGCAGCAUUAUCCACCGGCGCCUGGUUCAUCCGCAGCGUAUCCUCCAGGUGGUGCACCCGGUUAUCCAGCAUACGGUGGACCGAGCUACAACACGGAUUACGCUCGCAUGUAUUCAGCGUUUCAUGGUCCGCCACCUUCGACGGAUCCUUACAUGCACAGAGGAUACGCUCCUCCUUCCUCACAUCCUCCUAAUUAUUAUUCGCCGUUCCCGCAUCCUCCGCCGCCCUAUCCUAACUAUUCUUUUCUGCCGUAUCCGAAUCCGAAUAUGUCGAGUGAGCCUCAGCCACCCGCUCAAUAAAGAAGCAACAUGUCUAAGGGUAAUCCUAGGUUAAGGAUAAUGAAGAGCGAGGAAAUUAUCGCAAAGCCGCGGCUCUGAAGCUUAAUAGACUGAAGCUGUAAAACGCAUCGAUGUAAAUAUUUAGUCACAAAUAUUGAGAUAUAUUAAGAAGAUAUGUUUUUGAAUUGUGAGGAUUACUGGAGUAGUUUGCGUUAUUGAUAUACAAGAUAAUCAAGAAGGAUAAGUGUAAUCACCCUAAUUAACAUUGAACCGUGCAAUUUGUUAAGCUGUUCAGAAUAUUUUAACUUGGCUGUCAAUAGCCGUUUUUUGCGAUGCGUUCUUUGUUCACUAGUUAACUUUACUGAAAAAAAUGUAUCUGUCGAGCGAGCAAAACAAAUCACUUCUUUGUUUGAUCCUUCAGUCUCAUAAGGAUGAUGUCAAGUAAGAUUUUUUACGAAUGCUUAGACUAUGCAACUUGGAUCGCGAUAUGUUUCACGCUGUAACCGCGAUUAAUUGCGUUUUUUGCGAUUUUUUCUACUUUUUGUACUUGCAUGAUGUCAUUUGCCGAGUCUUUUGUCAAUAGUCUCUUAAUGUUGGAAUUGAUAAGUUACUGAUACUGGUAUAACUUUGAUUAAAGAUUGAAGUGAUUACAGGUGAAAAACGCUAUACACAUCAUUUAGCUUCAUAGUUACAUUCAGCCGUUUAUCUCAUUUUUAUAUAACUCAUAAAGAGGGGGAAAGAGUCAUUCGAACAGAACAAAAUUCUCAUGACUGACGACACUGGACACUGGCAUUCAAUUGUAUAAAACUUUUACAAACUAGUAAUGAUAACAUGAUCAAGCAAAGUUAUGAGAUUUUUUUGAACUUAUAUUUUUUUUAAU